GGCAAUGUGACUCUAUAAAUAAUAUAAACACACAGCUGUGGUGCUGAGAGAAGAAAAUGCUGCUGAUUUAAUUUGGUUUUAAAAAGAUUUAAAUAGGUAUAAAUUCUGAGUGAACAAGAGAAUUUUAACAGUCAUUCAAGGGUGAUCAUUCGAAGCGAGCAAGCAUCAAGUCACAUACGCAACUGAAAACUUGACCGCAAGAUAAUUGCUGCUGAAACCUUUAACCGCAAGGUAUGAAAACUUCAGAUCGUGCAACGCAAGUUGUUUUAAACACAUAAGUGCUAAUCCCUCAAAACACCCAACUGUUUUAGGUUAUACUACAGCUUCAAGUUUCGGAAGUCAAAAGCCAAAGACGAUUUUACGAAGCCCUCGACCUCGGAGAAGAUGUCUCACCUCGGUAAGUACAGUUUGUUAUCAUGGUGCACUCCGAAGCCAGUUUCCAUCAAUUUUUCUGUAUCGUUUUGAGGUAGUGUUUCGAGCGGUAAAUCUAGCUUGGAUUUUUCGUCCGAAACUGUUGUUUAAUUUGUAAGUUAGUCAACCAGAAUGAAACACUUAAAAUGGAAAAUCAACCGAUGUCUUAGAUCUCACUAAAAAGUCAACUUUCCAAGGGACACAGAGUUCUUGCAGGUUCGGUUAAAACCAUCUCAUACUUUGAGGCAUUGUAUCUCAGUUGGGAUCGCAGUAAAGCAAACUUGUGUAUGCCGGCGUUACGCUUUUAACUUUCACUUUUCUGAUACCCGUUUAUUGUAUAAACUCGGCUACUUCGACUUUUGUUAUCCUCAGCGUGGUCUCAAAACUUGAGCAUUGUAUUUUCAACAUAAUAUCCGCACACAUACAGGUAAUAAGAAACUGACUCUUUCAAAUUCUAACACAUUUUUUUUUUUCAAAGAAGACUUAGCAUCUAUAUUUGCUGAAGAUUUUUGCACUACCCGCUUACGAAAAGCGCCUUCAGUCUCAAAAUCUAUUGCGUCACGCCUUUUCAAUACAGACAUUCUCUCUUUUCAAUGCGUGUACACAUUUAAAAAAAUGCAUUUUGUUUAAAUCUUUCAAUUUUAUAUCAAUGGGUACUUUCUGAAAACAGCGUUUCCAAGCAAUUACAGGGCCAACCGAAAAGGACAAUUUCAUGUAAACUAAGCGCCAAACCUGCUUUCCGAUGUCAAUACAACAUAGAAUUAACUGUACUGUCAUGCAUAGGUGAGUCUGAUUUUGCACAUUUUUAUUGGCACGAAUUGCUACAUAGAGUGCACCAAAUUUUUUUGUCUCGCAUCCAAUGGGAAAUUGCAUUUUGAGGGAACAUGAUUUUUGAAGAGUUAGGUGAAAAACAAAAAAUGCGUUGCACGUAUACGAUAAACUAACCUUUAUAUUUAAAUUCAAGUUCGGUCCCGUGUUGGACGUCUUCUUUCGUAACGUUAACCUUAGGCAUUUUCUCGUCGAAGACCUGUUAUGGUCAUUUAGAGUCCCUUACUAGGAAUAUAAAAAGUCAAUUAUUUUCUUUGAAACGCCAUUUGAACUUGAGCUCGAUGUGAAAAGUCUUAUUUUUUAAUCUUUGUGUCUCGCGUGGCUAAAAACUAUAUUUCUUUUCUUCUAAUUCGUUUAGAUUUCUCGUUUGUACCAUCAAUUGACCUCGCGUUAUCAAGAAUGAUUAAUAGCUCCUUUAAUUGUUGGAAAAUUAAUUAACGCAGCAUUUUAGGAGAGAAAAUGGCAAUUUAGCUGGACGCUUGAAGAUUAAAUAAAACUGCAAAAGUAAUAAAGUAAGAAGAACGCAAGCAAUUAAGACAGCGAAAAGGCAGUGGUUGGUACUCACUCGUAUUUUUUUUUCUAGUAUCCACCACUUAACAACAGAUAUUAGAGCAAUUUGUAGCCACAGCAGCAAAUCAAGACAUGCUUUAACAAACCUUGGAUCCGAAAGCCUAAACUUGCCAAGGAAAGGACAUAACUCUAAUGCUUAUAUCCUGACUUAAAUGUUUUCAUGUUCAUUUCGGUUAAUUUCCAAUGUUUACUUACUAUAUAGCACUUUAGAGAAAUAACUUUUUUGAUAACUCGUUGGGCUCCCAUCCUAAUUGGUUUGGCACAUGCAGGGCAAAGGGAUUCUUCACCGCGAAUUAAUAUUUAAAAUUUGGUGUACUCGCUAAAGAUACAAAAGAAAUCUUUUCAGCAUAUACCACAAUUACUGGCGACCAAAUUUACACAUAAUUGUUUUUGAUGUUUUGAUCGUCCUCUAUAAACAGUACUGGCACAAGAAUUUACGCACAUUCACAACAAAUUGCAAUAGCCCUGGAAAAAAAUUGUACCGAACAAACCGCUUUUUAUAACAAAUAUUCGUAUUUUUCGUCUGUAGCCAACGAUGAAGUUUUUUGAUGCCUCGCUCGGAAAUGACUCUCAAUUCAAACACCCACAUAUCUCAUUUGUAAUGAGCCUCUUUAAUACAAAUAUCGGUUUAAAUAUAGAUUGCAUCGCUCAUUAGUAAUCUAUAGUUUUUUAAUCAAAUUUUUGGCCGAUGAUAACUAAAAACUACAGGCUUAUCUCACGAUUCCCUUUUUUAAGUAAAGAAUUUCUUUUUCUUUUUUAUUUUCCUCUUUUAUUUAUUAUGUAAUGUUGUUCUUUAAAGACAAAAAAGCCUAGUCCCGUAGCUAAAUUUUAGGCAAAUUUGCUGCAUAUUUGGGGUAGAGUCAACCAGAAUAUGGUUACUUACCGCGGCCUUAGAACAGAGCUAUCGAUUGGAGGGAACGAGACCUCGAUAAAGCCGAUACGUUCACCCAAUUUUGGGUAAUUUUCUCCACUUACAAGUCGGUCAUAGAGGUAGCUAGUGGUUAGGGCAGUAGCCCAUUAGGGUAAUUGACUUAGCCUAGCUGAAGGGUGGGGCUGGGAGCAAGGAUAUGCCGAAAUUUGAGAAGACCGGUAAAGGAGGAAACCAGUUAUACCCCCAAAUUUAAAAGACUUAAAAGAUUUAAGAUUAGACAGGAUGUUAUAAAUGUGGAGACAAUAAUGCAUUGCCCAGCCUUGAUUAGGCUGUUAACAACCCAAAUUAACUGAAAAUGUGAAACCUAAAAUAUCAUAAUAUUGUCCAGACGUCAAAACUAAUGUUUCUGUGCAUUUCUCUUGAUCCUUUUGAAGUUUACGGUAGCCUGUUCCAGGCUCUCAAAUAGUGGGGAAGACGCGAAAGUAAAAGGCACGCGAAAAGUUGGUGGGGCGAGAAGGGAAAAAGGCCCUUCCUCUGAACGGGCUAUGUUUACGUUAAUUGCUACGUCGUAAUUCUUCUUUUUUCACUGCCCCGGACAGUUUUGCUUUUUAGGUUCUUGUCGAGGCCACUGUAUUAUUAAGGGGCGUAGCUACCUGUAACAAUUCGGAAACAAUGAGCUCUUUCUUUUUUACACCUGAAUGUCGGUUUCCACGAAGCGACGCGUGAUUCCUUCGUGGACUGAUAUAUUUAGAGAAAAUGAGGGGAAAAGCCCAGCGGCAAGCUGGAUGUAUAUGGGGGUGGCGACUGUUUUGGAAAAUUGUGCGUACCUUUGGAAAAAUCAUGGCUACGCCCCUGUUAUUAUAAGCCAUGUAAUGACGGCUUGACCUUUUCGUACAAAGUUAAUUUAUUACAAACUCGCAUUUUUUUAAAUUGAUUAAUAUGCUCUACAAAAUUUUCAAAAGUGAAAAUUUAGGAUAGUAAACAUUUUGCACGGGCUUAUUUUUGUCCGAAAAUAAAAGCAUCCCAAAUUUCGGGGGAUUAAGAUACAGCACAAUUCACGAACUUCUACCCAACUGUUUUCGAGUUAAUCAUAACUAUAACAAAAUUGUCAAAUCUGAUUGGCUCUCAACUGCCCUGAUUUCAGCCUUAAUUGGACAGUUUAAUAGGACAGUACGCGUCAUGGCAAUUUGUACUGUGAAUGUGUAACUUGACAUCAAGGAUGAAUUGUUUUGUAGAUUGUCCAUGUCUAAAAUUUCAAUGUAGACAGACUGGAAGCGAAGAAAUGAGGAUGGAGUUUAAACACUUAUCAUUCGAAAUUGCGGAAAAUUUAACUAAUAUUAAACCGAAACUGGAUAUCAACAAAGCGAUCGUGUGUUACGUGACAAACGAUUUUCCACGGGAGGUCAGAAACACGAUCUCUGAACAUUUUCGCGUAAGUGAGAAAACAUGACAGAAGUUGUCUUUGAUACCUGAGCCGUCAAGCUUCAAUUUUCUGUCUGUGAAAGUCUAAAUAUCAACCAAAUAUUUGUAAAAGGAACAGGAGUAACGUAAUGCAAUAUCAAGAGAAGAAUUAGUGAUCAUUUUUAAGCUUACAGCUCGAACUUACCAUUGUUUGCUCAUGCAACAGACAUCGGAUCUCAGUCAGCCGUUUCGCAAAUUUAUGCGUUGAAUUGCCGCUGUCAGUAUAUCGUUGCAUCUUCUACGUUACUUUGUUAUGGAAAGGAACCCCUAGAAUAAAAGCGAAAGAAACAUUUAGUAAACCAAUUUCGCAAAAUAAUUUGAAGUUAUAAGACUGCAAACAUAGGCUUUUCGUAAAGGGCUCAAACCUUCAGUUUCUCGCCCAUUACUCUUGUUCGACUUGCUCGUCGCUUUCUUGUAGUUUAUAAGCUGAGCAUAAAAUAAACACAAACCGCUCCUGUCCUUUCCACUCCGCUCUUAAUGCAAUCGAAUAGAAUAGAGAGCGUUAGUCGAAUGUCGAAAGCCAGUCAAAUAACAGUAAAAAAGACAUAAGGGCCAAUCUUCAAGAGCCAACAUGACCGAAGUGUGAAGUUCUGCCCCUCCGCGAGGAGCGCACGCGUUUACUUUGCCGCCAAAAAGUAGUACUCUGUCGACCUCGUUUCCAGUUCUCGCUACGAUCCCUGUUCCUGCCUUUCCAGAUUAUCAGUAUGGGCUCCUGGUAUGGACUGGCUUGUUAUUAAAUAGCGAGGACCUGCGCUUUUAUUCCUCAGAUUUUGAAUUGAAUAUUUAAUUUCGGGCCCGAAAAGUUAACGAGGCUUUCGAAAAACUAGCCUGCGAGCGGCCAGAGCGCCCCGCGGCCCGGGGAGAGCUUACUCACUCGCAGGGUAUCGAGAAAUGCGCCCCCUGUACCGAUUUUCUUGGGAAAGACCUUCCGUUCAAUUUUCGAAAUGGGAACUAUUCAGUGAAGAUUUUUGAAACUCUGGAAAAGAAGUCGAAUGAAAAAAGGUUAAAAAUCAAGGAAGAAAAAAAGAAUUGAAAUACUCUUUUGAAUGGAGUCCUCAGGAAUAUAAGUGAAUGUUCUUAAUUAAACUGAGUCCAAAAUUUUUUUAAAUUAUCUUUCAUACAAUUGUAUUAUUCAGACACAAAAGAAAAUAAUGUGUGUGCGUGCGUGUGUCUAUCCUUGAGUCAACCCUCUUCAGUUUAUUUGUUAAUUUAUUUUUGGAUCCAUCGAUUUCUCGCGAAAACACUGUUUCCGCGGGCGCCGCACAUAACCACAAAAGAAAAAAUGGCGGCCGAGGGAGAAGGCUUUUUCGUUGGUUCUUUGUGCCUUCACCAUUUUCCUUAGAAAAUUUGUCCUCCGUUGCUUGCUUUACUACCGAGGGGAGCUGGUUUUCAGUUAAUGUGGAGUUAAUAUAAGUAAUAUAUAGUAAUCAGCUACUGACUAUAUCCAUGAUCACAAUUAAUUAAACGGCUUUCAUAGUCAAGAGUGAGACUGAAGCGUUUAGUGGGCAGCUUCCAAUAUAUCCUUGAUUCGUGUUCUCUCCUCAGAUCAGCUUCCAAUGGCCACCUCUCCGUCACGAUACAGUGGCGGAUCCAAACCUUCAGAUAAGGUGGGCCCCGUUCAUCCAGGCCCUGAGAUAAGGGGGGACCCGGUCUCAAACAAAUUUGUUUCGGCCCUUCUAGUCUCACUCAGUUUGGUCUAAAAAUAAGGGAGAGCCGGGGCCCCCCGUACCCCUCCCCUGGAUCCAACACUGUGACAUAUUACAACAUGGCAAGAGAAACAUCUCCAGGCAAUGGCUCCCAUUUUUAUUUCAUUGCAUGUUUCAAGAGCCAUAAUAGGACCUAUUAUGGCUCUUGAUGUUUUCAUUACUCACUUCGGUUUGCUUCUAUUACCAGACUAGUUUCGAAGCCCCCGUAACACACGCUGUUUGCCACCAAAUUUUACGCAAGAGAUAUUGUUGGCAAAACUCCUCCUAGGAGUAUUUGAAAAAAAAAACAUAUUAUACAAAAUUUGGGAGCAUACACAGUGUAUUAUGAAGAAUUGGAAAAUAGAGAAUUAAUUCUUUUUAUGGGACUCCAUGGAGAAUAACACGAGCGGAUUACUAACAUACAUCUUUUUACCUCGGCAGCCCCCUUUCUUUUCCAAAGCCAUGGAGGAAUUAAUCAACUCGGCGGGCCUUUCGUGAAUGGUCGGCCUCUUCCGGAUUACAUUCGCCACCGGAUCGUCCAGCUUGCGGCAUGCGGCGUCAGACCCUGCGAAAUUUCCCGA